ACAAGGAAAAGAGACGAUCUCUCAAACCAAUCCUUGGAUGAAGUAAAAAAUCAAACCUAUAGUUCGAUUUGUCUAUGAUCGAGAAAUGAAAAGCCAAAUGAAAGCAGCACUUUUAGGCAGACAUAAGGGAGGAGCUUUGGAGUUUUAUUCAAUUUCGCGGCCCAUGUAACAAGAUACAACACAUGCAAACACCAGCCCUUGAGUUGCGUUCAGAUCCGGGCCAGCGUCCGUCGCCGGAAACGACGUGUACAGUGGAGGCUUUCUCGACUCGAGCACUUUAAAUGCCCGCGCUUCACCUGCUCCCUGGCCAAAACGUCACUCGUUCUCUCACUCUUUCUUGCUGGCAUUCGAUGGUUUGAUUGGUCUAUCCCUGGUCAAGCGAUGUCGAGCAAGCUUAAAGUCGCCGAGUUACGGAAGGAAUUGGCUCGUCGUGGCCUCGAUACGGCCGGUAACAAGGCCGCUCUGGCAAAAAGGCUUGAUGCUGCGAUUCUCAAAGAAGAAAAGAAGGCGGCGUUGAGUUCCAAGAAAGCGGGUUCGAGGAAGCGAAAGGCCGGUCAAGAUUUGGAUGCUGCUGAACAAGUUGCCACAGAUGGAGGAAAUGAAGUAACUUCCAGGAAGAAAUUUGUGACGGCAACCAAGAAAUGUGGUGCAAUUUUAGACCAGUGGCUUCCAGAUGACGUGAAAUCCCGCUACCAUGUUUUAGUUCUUGGAAAUGAAGCCUAUGACGCUAUGCUCAACCAAACAAAUAUGGGCAAAAACAAUAACAAAUAUUACACGAUUAAAGUUCUUGAAUCUGAUGAUCACAGAUCAUAUAUGGUUUACCUGAGAUGGGGCCGGGUUGGGGUGAAAGGUCAAAACAAGUUGAUUGGACCUUACAGUUCGAGAGCUGAUGCAAUUAAAGAAUUUGAAUCAAAAUUCUAUAGUAAAACAAAAAAUUGUUGGUCAAGUCGACAACAGUUUGUUUCUUUUCCAAACCACUAUACAUGGCUGGAAAUGGACUACGGCGAAGGUGCAGAUGGAAAGGAUAAGAGGAAGUUCGAUUUGCCAAAUAUUAGUGGUCUGCUUCGUGAAACCAAGCUUGACCCUUGUAUUGCACAAUUCAUCUCUCUUAUAUGUGAUAUCAGCAUGAUGAAGCAGCAAAUGCUUGAGAUCGGCUACAAUGCAGAAAAAUUGCCACUUGGAAAGCUAAGUAAAUCUACAAUUGUGAAGGGUUACAAAGUAUUAAGAAGAAUAUCUAAUGCAAUUGGGUCAUCGGACAAAGAAAAGUUAGAGAUGUUGAGCGGGGAGUUCUACACUGUUAUUCCCCACGAUUUUGGUUUUAAAAAGAUGAGCGAAUUUGUCAUUGAUACCUCUCAGAAAUUGAAGCAAAAGCUUGAAAUGGUUGAGGCGCUAGGGGAAAUUGAGGUUGCUACAAAGUUGCUGAAGGAUGAAGAUGCAUUGCAGUAUGAUCCCCUUUAUGCUCAUUAUGAACGCCUUAACUGCAACCUGGAGCCACUUGAAGCUGAUUGCCAGCAAUAUUCCAUGAUAAAAGAGUAUAUGAAGAAAACUCAUGCUAAGACACAUGCAGAUUACACGGUUAAUAUGGUGCAAAUCUUUAGAGUUUGCAGGGCAGUGGAAAAUGAGCGAUUUGAGAAGUUCUCUCGCACAAAGAAUAGAAUGCUCUUGUGGCAUGGUUCUCGACUUACAAAUUGGACUGGCAUCCUGUCUCAAGGAUUGCGUAUAGCUCCUCCUGAGGCACCUGUAACUGGUUAUGAUUUCGGGAAAGGGGUUUAUUUUGCUGAUAUGUUCUCAAAAAGUGCCGACUAUUGUUAUUCACGUACCAGUGGAUCACGCUUUGGAGUGCUUCUUCUAUGUGAGGUUGCAUUGGGUGACAUGGCAGAACUUUCAACUAUAAACCCGAAUGCUGAUCAAUUGCCACCUGGCAAGCUAAGCACGAAAGCUGUCGGACGAACAGCGCCUAACCCGUCGGAGUGUAGGCAGCUUGAUGAUGGAGUUACAGUUCCCCUUGGCAAACCUGUUAAGCAGCAAGGCGCAAAGGGCCACUUGGUAUACAAUGAAUACGUAGUCUACAAUGUUGAUCAGAUAAAAAUGCGUUAUGUUAUUCAAGUUAUGUUUGAUUAUAAUAGAUAAGAACUGGACAAGAGCGCAAUGGAAGUCGUCUGUUUUAGAGAAACGAUUAAGCCAUUCUUACUGUUGAUAAGGGGUGUUAAUAUUUAUCCGAUUUGUAAGGGGUGAAGGAAAAAUCAUAUGAUAGAAAUAAAGAGGUAGAGGACUCCUGGUUUUUGUAUUUAUGACAUUUUCGCAGCCGUAUGUGUGUUUGCUGCGCAUCUCACUCUUUCCAUGUACUCUUAUUAUAUGAUUUUAGCGGAACAUGCAAUCUAAGCAUUGGCAGUCGUCUGUUUUAGAGAAACGAUUAAGCCAUUCUUACUGUUGAUAAGGGGUGUUAAUAUUUAUCCGAUUUGUAAGGGGUGAAGGAAAAAUCAUAUGAUAGAAAUAAAGAGGUAGAGGACUCCUGGUUUUUGUAUUUAUGACAUUUUCGCAGCCGUAUGUGUGUUUGCUGCGCAUCUCACUCUUUCCAUGUACUCUUAUUAUAUGAUUUUAGCGGAACAUGCAAUCUAAGCAUUGGCUGGCCACUAGUCCAAGCCUUGG